CGGACGGACACCCUGCACCUGUUCUCUUGCUAACUCUCAAACGACGGUCACCAUGGCCCCGGUCCUGCUCAACGGCGAGAGGGCCGUGGUUGCGUUAUUCAUUGCUCGUACCCUUUUAGCAACUCCUCCCCUUCUUCUGUCCGAAUGUCUCUCCAUGUCCCUCCUCUCACUUUUCGCCCUCUUCCUCGAGAUAUUCGUCGAAUCCUCCACUUCCCUCUCCCAAUUCAAGACCAGGCCAGGAGCAUCAUCAGGGAUUCUCCUUGGAGCAGUCACGGUUCCAAGUGUCAUGAUCUCGAGGUUGAUACAGAGGUCUAGAGCAGUUUCACUUCAUACCCUUGAAGUGGGAGAGCUUGAACAUCUGAGGAUACAAUAUUGGACUGCAUCUGCCUGCUGCUUCAGCAUGCUCCUUUUUCUUGCCUUUGUUCUUCUAAAUGUUCCAGAAACCACACGCUCCAUUUCUUCACGUGGAAUAUGGGGUGUGCAAUUUGGCUUAUGUUGGUUAACGUUGUAUGCUGCAACAUGUUGUGUGUUUUCUUCUGCAAAACCUCAUGUUGGUUCGGCUAUUUGUUCAGAAUUAUUAUGGGUGCUCUUCCAGGGGUUUGCUGCGGUGAAAUUACUUCAACAUGUGCUUUCUACUUUCCCAUUUUGUGCUUCUGCUGGUGAGGCAUUAUUGGUGACUGCCGGUCUUACAAUCUAUUCUGGGGAUAUGAUUGCACUUUCUCUUGCAAAAAUUAAUAUACCCCGUUUAUCAACACCGUUGGUCUUUGUAGGCAGUGGGAUCCUUAGAAGUGAAAUAAGUAUCAUUGUUCAGGGCAUACUACUUGGCCUUCUUCUCUUCCCAAUGUUAUUCAAAUUUCUCAUUCAAGUUUGGUAUCAAUUCAGAAGCUCCACAAACCCUGAAGAGAGGGCGUACCAUGAAAUAGAAAAAUCUGCUAUUUUCUUUACUUCUCUGGCAUUUAUCUUGAUAGUGAUUGUUCCUUCCUGGAUGCAGACAGUUAAAGAGUUUGAUAUGCAUCCUUUCUUAUGGGUUAUUGUUUUUGUAUUGUCGGAACCCCAUAAGAUGCUGCCAUUGUGCGUUUAUUGGGUUGCAGUGAUAUGUGUAUCAGUUGUAAGGUUCUAUAAGAUCUCAAAGAAAGGCACAACUGAGAGGAUUCUCCUCAGAAAAUACUACCACUUGAUGGCUGUUGCAAUGUUCCUUCCUGCUUUAGUUUUCCAGCCAAAAUUUCUAGAUCUGGCCUUUGGUGUGGCUUUGGCAGUAUUCUUGCUUCUUGAAAUCAUUCGAGUAUGGAGAAUCUGGCCUUUAGGACAGCUUGUGCAUCAGUUUAUGAACGCUUUUACUGAUCAUCGUGACUCAGAUGUUCUUAUUAUCAGUCAUUUUUCACUUUUAUUGGGCUGUGCACUUCCUAUUUGGAUGUCUUUUGGGUUCAAUGAUCGACCUCUUUCCCCCUUUGCCGGAAUCCUGAGCCUUGGUAUUGGAGAUACAAUGGCAUCCAUGAUCGGCUAUAAGUAUGGUGUCCUCAGAUGGAGCAAAACUGGAAAGAAAACUAUUGAAGGCACUGCAGCUGGCAUAACCUCAGUCUUAGCUGCCUGUUCUGUUCUUAUCCCACUUUUGGCAACAACAGGAUAUAUUUUUACACAGCAUUGGUAUUCUUUAAUCAUUGCGGUUAUCAUUAGCGGUUUGUUGGAAGCAUACACAGCUCAGCUUGACAAUGCCUUCAUACCCUUGGUUUUCUACAGUCUACUUUGUUUAUAAACCACAUAUAUUUAGCCCAAAUUUUAAACUAAUAAAGUUUAGUCUUACAUAUCUUAAUUGAUGAUCCCUAUCCUUUUUUUGUUGCGAUUCUUUUACCACUUUACGUUGCUUGUAACUAGGACAAAUUGGUAACCUAAUUAUUAACUAGGCAGCUGCUGAUCUACAUAGGGAUGAAUUGUUUGGUUGUCAGCUUCUUUGAUGGUAA